AUGAGAACGAAGCAUACAUUCUUUGCUGAGAGAGAAGAGCGAGAAGCACAGUUUAGUGUCCAAACAUGGACGGUGAUCGGUCCAUUCGUCCUACUACUGGCCACUCUCAAGAGUUCGAUGUUUGAAGACGAGAGUCGUAAUCUAUACGAAUACAGAGUGAUCUGGUAUGUGGCCGAAUUUGGACUCAUUGUGACCCUGUGGUACACGGUUUACAAGAUAGCACAUGUUUGGUAUAUACGAAAGUACAAUCUAAUGUAUAUACCUAAACCGGAAAUACUUUUUGAGGAAAAACUACCACCAGAAUACAGUGAUACUGAACCGAAAGAGAAAUCAACUAUUGCGUGCCAGACGGAAUCACGCAAUCAUCCAGAAGAAGCUGAAAAGUUAAAGACAAGAUAUAACAAGGAAAUCCGCACAAUCAAUAGAGAGAUGCGAAUGAUGAAGAGACGAUACUCGGAGAAAGUGUCGAAGGCGCGAUAUCGGGUAAAGACGACAGACGCCCAACUCUCAAAUCUCCAGCUCAAGGUUCCUCAACUUCUUAAGGAAAAGUCCUCCCUGGAAGACGAGAAGGAGGCGAUAGAAAAACAACUCCAGGAAGAACGACAACGACACCAGGAACUCCGGUCAAAGUUCAAUAAACUUCACAACCAGAUGGCAAAUCCUCUUAUCACUGGCAGGAACUAUAUCAACUACCAUUAA